AUGUCCAGGCCGCAUCACGCCACGCUAGAGUCGAUCAAGUACACCUCUGGCUCUUUGAGUCUGCUGGAUCAGAGCAAGCUGCCCCUCGAGACCGUCUUCCAUGAUGUUCUCACCGUGGAGGAUAUUUGGUCGGCCAUCAAGGAGAUGCGUGUGCGUGGAGCGCCGGCGAUCGCCGUCAGCGCGGCGCUCGGCAUUGCGGUGGCGACCCAAAGAAAAGUUGACUGCGGUGCACUGAAGAGCGGCAGUGAGGUGCAGGCCUUCUUGCUGAAGAGCUGUGACUUUGUCAUGGCAAGCAGGCCAACCGCCGUGAACCUCUUCAACUGCCUGCGCGACCUUAAGGCGCAGGUUGAUAAGUUUGACUCGACCAAGCCGGCUGGCGAGGUGGCGAAAGCCUUCGUCGAGCUGGCAGAGGCGGUGUACGCAGAGGAUGUGGGGUUGAACGAGAGCAUUAUGCGGCACGGUGCGGCACACAUUUUAGCCGCUGCUAAGGAAUACGGCCGAGAGAAGGUGAGCAUUCUCACAAUCUGCAACACAGGCGCACUGGCAACGUCACGCUACGGCACGGCACUCGGUGUUGUGCGACAACUCUUCUACGACGACAAGCUGGAGAAGGUGUACGCAUGUGAGACUCGGCCGUGGAACCAGGGUGCUCGACUCACGGUGUACGAGUGUGUGCAGGAAGGCAUCCCGUGUACGCUCAUCUGCGACGGGGCGGCCUCGUCGCUGAUGAGGAGCCAUAAAAUCGACGCUGUCGUCGUUGGCGCCGAUCGCAUUUGCCAAAACGGCGAUACAGCGAACAAGAUUGGUACGUACAACUUGGCCGUGUUGGCUAAGUUUCACGGAGUGAAGUUCUACGUGGCCGCCUCGACUAAGACCCUCGAUGCGGAGACCGCGAGUGGCGAUCACGUCCACAUUGAGGAGCGCGAGCCGACGGAAAUUACAACGAACAUGGUGACAAAGCAGCGCGUCGUGGUGGAUGGACCACACCUGUCCAUCUGGAACCCCGUCUUUGACAUAACGCCAGGCGAGCUGAUCACUGGCGGCAUCAUCACAGAAAAGGGUGUACAGGGGCCGGCGGCAAGUACCCCACACUACGACAUCGCGUCUAUCGUUGCACAGGAGUGA